CUGAGACAGCAGGUGGCUCUCCCGCAGCCUAUACCCGCAGGUACCAUGAAGGUCUCCGCAGCUACCUUUGCAGUCCUGCUGGCCGCUGUCGCCGUCUGCGCUCCUGCCUCUGCCUCCCCAUAUGCUUCGGACACCACACCCUGCUGCUUUGCCUACAUCUCCCGCCGACUGCCCUUCACCCACAUCCAGGAGUAUUUCUACACCAGCAGCAAGUGCUCCAUACCAGCAGUCGUCUUUGUCACCCGGAAGCACCGCCAAGUGUGUGCUAACCCACAGAAGAAAUGGGUGCGGGACCAUAUCAACUCUUUGGAGAUGAGUUAGGAUGGAGGGAGUCUUGAACCUGAACUCAUGCAAACUUCCCUAGUGCUUCUUGUUCUUGUCCUAACCAGCUUGGGAGACUCCCCACAAACCCCUGCUCCCACUCCCUCCUGGGAGGGCACAAAUUCCACCAGCCAGCAGCAGCUAUAAAAGCCUCCUCCACCUGAAGCUCCCAAGAGCUCCUGAGGCUCUGCCUUGUGCACACAGUCUCUCGGCUCUGAGCUUCAUUUAGGCCCCUCGGCUUCUUGGCCCCGGCUCUGCAAUCAGAAAGGAAGUCAACUUGCCUCUGGAGGUGAAGAAGGGAGGAAGACUGGGCUCCUUCGGUAAAGUCCUGCGGCCACAGAUCCUCUCUCAGCCCCCUCGCUGGGAAGGGCUGACUGGCAAAAUGUGAGAAAUCAGCUUCCCAUUAAAAUUCUCCAUGCAGUUA